UGAAGUAAGCAAGCCUACCAAAAUCAGAAGCCACAGUGGCAGAAGUGCUCCAUUCAUUCCUAGCAGUGUCCUAAUUGGGGCGUCUAUCUAUUCAGCCAAAUAACUGGUCAGACAGCACGAGGCACAGAGUUCAAAGUGUGGGGGACGAGAAACAGGAAGUAAAUCGUUCAGGAUCAAACAUGUCCAAUGAUGUUAGAUAUUGCGAGAGGUUCUCCUACGUUUUUCUGAAGUUUACCGUCAUUGUAUAUGCCACUAUCUUCUGGCUGAUUGGGGGGUUCAUCCUAGCCAUCGGUAUCUAUGCGGAGGUGGAGCGGCAGCGCUACAAAACCCUGGAGGGGGUGUUCCUGGCCCCCUCGAUCAUCCUGAUCGUCCUGGGGGUGAUGAUGUUCAUUGUCUCCUUCAUUGGCGUGUUGGCCUCCCUCAGGGACAACCUGAUGCUCCUCAAAGUGUUUCUCUACACCCUGACAGUCUGUCUCAUUCUGGAGCUCCUCGGUGGCAUCCUGGCUCUGAUCUUCAGGCAUCAGACUGUGGACCUCUUAAACAAAAACAUUCGUAAAGGAAUAGUGAAUUACUACGAUGAUCUGGAUUUCAAAAACAUCAUGGACUUUGUUCAAAGAAAGUUCAAGUGUUGUGGAGGGCAGGAGUAUGAAGACUGGGAAGUGAACAUGUACCAUAACUGUACAGCUCCUGGACCACUGGCAUGUGGAGUUCCUUACACCUGCUGCCUCGAAAACAAGCCUAAUGAAGUUACCAACACACUAUGUGGAUAUAAGGUCCUUGACAAAGAGAGGCUGGACUUGCAGAACGUCAUCUACAUCAGAGGUUGUACUGAUGCUGUUUUCAUCUGGUUCAUGGAUAACUAUAAGAUAAUGGCUGGCUUGCUGCUUGGCAUCUUAUUCCCCCAGUUCUUCGGUGUGAUCAUUAGCUGGCUCUACAUCACGCGGGUGGAGGAUGCCAUUGCUGAGUUUGGUCACUACCAGGAUGGACUGCUGGACACAGUGGACAGUGGUGGCUUCAGGGCAACCAAGAAGCAGGGCAGAAUGGCCAAAUGUUGCAUUUGCAUGCCUGAGAUCGACUGAGCGUGCCUCCUUUUUAUCUAAUAAGCCUAAAACACUGCUGUGCCUGUGUGAGCUCAGAGAGAGAAUACAGCCAUGCACUGCCUGCCUCAGCUCCAGUAUGUAGGAAGGCUAUCAGUUCCAUUUUACAACGCUGUUCAUUAGCCUUUUAAUUGGUUUCAUUCAGGGAUUGUUGUUUUUUCAGGGGUUAAGUUAUGAAGGUUUUAGUAGGAUGGAACAGUAUGAAACGUGAAUAGCCUUUUUUCUCUUUGGUAAAAUUUAGUUUAUAUUAAUUCACAGCAAAAACAUUGAAUGCUUUUGAAUUUUAAUUUAUGGAGAUUGUAGCUCUAGCCAGUCCUGUAAAGUAUAUUUUUUGCUUUUCAAAGGGAUAUAUUUUCUAUGGGGAAUUUUAUGGAGGGUAUCUUACCUUAAUCCAAUUGUUGAUUUUCAGAAUCAUUGGCGAUGUCAUGGGUUCAACACAUUAAUGGUUUUGUGAGUACAAAUGUAAUUCAGUAAGUUUUUAGUCAGUCACUCAAUGUGGCUUAAUUUGAGGAGCUAGGAAUACCAAAGUUGUCAAUCAUGUAUAACAUGCACAUGGUCAGUUGCCCACAUUUUAUUAGGAUGUUGUACUGUGUAAUGGUUUGAAAUCUACAUGUAUGACUUUGCUCAGUCAGUGAUAUUUACCUCCAAUAUGUGAGAGUUGAGGGAUCUGCUAGUAAUGCUGGUGACCUCUCUCAAGAUGGACGAGUGCUUAUGCUCUCAUGAUUACUCAUACUCUUCCCAGAACAGCAUUAUGUGAAUGGUCUUCCUGCCAAUGAUUGUUAUCGCUGUCAAAAGCAUGUUAUCGUAUGGGAUUGCAUGCCUAGCUUUAACGGCUAACAUACUUAUUCCGCAGCCUGUGUCCGUGGCAAUGGACUAAAUGAGGUUGUUAUCCUGAGACAGAACGAUAUUUAAAUCCACCCACACACAAUAGAAAGUCAAACUUUUUAAAAUCUUAUCUUCAAACUUAUUUCAACUCAAAAUACAUCAAAUUAAUUAAAGUCAAAUCUACAGGUUAUUUAUUUGACCAACUUUUAAGGUGCUGUAUUUGUAAAUCUUUUGGUCUUUCUUCUUUUUCAAAAUGAAACUAUUUGUACUUUUAUGCUGUUCAUUUUUUUUUUUUAAAUGUGUGUGUGUGAGCUCACUAAUACUUUUUAACAUUUUAUAUAGUGAGUGAUCUGGUGAAAUGAAUAAAUCAUGUUUACAGUCA